AUGCAGCACGGAGCUGGAACGAAAAAUUAUCUACAACCUAUGGACAGAAGGCUAAUUGAGGUUGCUCGUAAGGGAGAUGUUCAUCAGUUGCAAAAUCUGAUCGAAGACGAUCCUUUCCUGAUGAAGGCUGUAGCAUUAUUAGGUCGAGAAACUCCGUUGCAUAUUGCUUGUAUGCCUGUGAAGAUACCCGAAUCUGCCGAGAUGGAUACUGCCUUAAGUUCACAAAAUCUUUCAAAACCAACAAAAAGGACGUGUCUCACACCCCUAUCUGAUUUUAGUAACCCAAUUAUGGCUCAGGCUGCUUUUCUCUCCACUUUGGUUGGAGUAGAUGUUGCAGAAGUGGCAACACGUGCUGCUUUAGCUGCUCUGUCUGCUCUUGAGGACAUAAAACUUAAAAGAGAGUUUGAAAUUCUAAAAGAAAGGAAAAACAAAAUAGGUACUCCACAUAUUACUGUAUCUUAA